AUGAAGCCACCACAUCAAAUGCUGCAGAAUGCCACCACUGUCACUGAAUUUAUACUCCUGGGACUCUCCAGCAACCCUGAAGACCAGCUCAUUCUCUUUGGUGUCUUUCUCCUCGUCUACUUGGUGGCCCUGAUUGGGAACACCUUGAUUCUUCUCAUUGUCAGUUUCAACAAGAGACUCCACAACCCCAUGUACUUCUUUCUGGGCAAUCUCUCUGUGGUGGACAUUGGGUAUACAACAUCCACCGUCCCUAAGAUGCUGAUGAAUUACCUCUCUCAGGACAAGACUAUCUCCCUAGCUGGCUGCUUCUCCCAGAUGUACUUCUUCAUCUCCUUUGGUGGCAUUGAAUGCCUCCUGCUGGGUGUCAUGGCAUAUGACCGCUAUGCUGCCAUUUGCCACCCAUUACGUUACAGUGUGCUCAUGAGACCCAAAGUUUGCAUCUGCUUAGCUGCUAUGGCUUGGAUUCUGGGCUUGGCUAACUCAGGUGUGCACUCUGGAAUGAUGUCUCGUUUGUCCUUCUGCCGGGACAAUGUCAUUCAGCACUUCUUCUGUGACAUCCCACCCCUCUUCCAGCUCUCUUGCUCUGACACUCAAGCCAAUCAAAUUGCUACAUUUGUGGUGGGUUGUGGUGUGGCCAUGGGUUCUUUUCUGGUUACCCUGGUGUCUUAUGUCUACAUAGUCUUGGCCAUCCUGAGGAUCCGCACCAAGGAAGGACGUCUCAAGGCUUUUUCCACCUGUGCUUCUCACCUUACUGUUGUCAACAUCUACUUUGGCACCAUAUUAUUCACAUAUAUGAAGCCCAACUCUACAUACUCCCAGGAGCAGGACAGAGCCUUGCCUGUUCUCUAUGGGAUCCUUACACCAAUGCUUAAUCCAAUCAUAUACAGCUUAAGGAAUAAGGAUGUACAAGGAGCACUUCGGAAAGUCUUGGGGAAGAGGGGCAGUAUAAAAUGGUUCAUGUAA